AUGGUCGGCUGGGGAAUAGACUCAAUUCUAUCAGGAAGAUUCAUGAAAAUCUUCAGGAUGGAAGGCUUUAUAAGAACUCUCGAAAGAGGCAGAAUUGUGCGUUUUAGAAAUAUCACUGAUCAUGUAGGCUCAAGAGGAGUGGCAAAGUGCGUUGGGCAGGAUUCUUAUGGAAAUCGUUAUUACGAAGACUUUCAUGGCGACGACUGUAACGAAAGCUUUGUCUGUCAGCGGUGGGUGGAAUAUGCUGACAGGCAUGAUAUGUGGCAGACAGGCAGAAAAGUUCCAGCAGAAUGGCACGCAUGGCUUCAUAGAAUCAAUGACGACGUGCCUUCUCCUGACAACUCUAACUAUCAUCAUCCAAUCUAUAAGAGAAAACAUCUUCCAAACCAAUCUGGUCUUCCUGGUGCAACUGUUCCUCUUGGAGAUGGUAGACACGAAUACGCCAAACAAUUCCAAACCUAUAUCAAAUCAAGAAUCUAUACCUCAUGGGAGCCUCAAGAAAACGCUCCGAAAAAGAGGUAUGACUAA